CGAAGAACAGUUUUAAGUGCACGGAGUAAAUGGUUUAAUUCUUAGGGAGGCUGCUCUCGUCAUGGAAAGGCGAAAAGAAGCCCCAAACACAGAGAAAAGCUACUGUGGAGGCUGAUGUGAGCUGCGCACGGGGGUCCUGCUUGGAGCAUGCCCAUGGUGCACCAUGGCCUUGUUGGCGGACUGGCUCCUGCGCCAUUCAGUGGUUAUGUGUUUACUGCUGCACAGCCUGGUGCUAAUGACCUUCUGCUUUCACCAUGCUGCCACCAGCUGCUCCAAGAACUGCUACUGCACGGAGAGUGACAACAAUGGCAUAACUGUGCGCUGUAGCAAACUGCAGCUAAUCGAAAUCCCCCAAGACCUCCCCAAUGACACCAGACGCAUUUAUCUGGACAAUAAUUCUAUAAGGAAGAUACCAAUGAACGCUUUUGCGGCUCUGCCACAUUUAGUUGAACUGGACCUAUCGCACAAUGAGUUAACACAGCUUGAACCAGGGGCUUUUCGUGGACUGGGAUCAUUACAGUUUCUGGAUCUAUCAUCCAACAAGUUAAUGAACUUUAAGGCUGAGCCCUUUGAGGGCUUGAAGGCUCGUGCCAACCUCACCAACAAUCCCUGGCAUUGUGACUGUAACCUGCAAAUGGCAUUGCUUCGUGUGGACCUGGAGCCUGCCUCUCUUACAGGCAUUGUGUGCCACACUGCUGAGCCAGAGGAGAUAGGGGUCCAGGGCUUGGCCUUCCUCCUAGCACCGGACAUAGACCUCUGUCUUUAUAUGAGAAGGACUACAGAUGUGGCCAUGUUGGUGGUCAUGUUUGGCUGGUUCACUAUGGUCAUCUCCUACCUGGUUUAUUAUGUCCGAGCUAACCAGGAGGAUGCCCGCAGACACUUGGAGUAUCUAAAGUCUUUGCCUAGCAGACAGGGCAAGUCUGAAGAGUCUUCCACCAUUAGUACAGUGGUAUAACACCUGCAAAGUCAUUGUGUGCAUGGACAGUCCGAUCCAAGGUGGGAGACUAACUAUCUAUCAGUUGGGAUGGAAAACAAGGCAGAUGCAACCCAGAGCCAAUGAAUGAUUCAUGUGUCGGAGGCCCAUUAAGUCUAGUGUGGCUUCAGCUGAUGGGCCUGUGUCUGCAUCAAAGGAAUAAAAGCAGCAGGACGACAUAGUGUACUCCAUAUUUGGAAAUCUAAAUGGGAUGUACCCAGGGGUGCAUGUGCUUGCCGCUCCUCUCCCUUAUUCACACGUGCAAUUGAAACAGCCAUGUGUAACUGCAGCCACAAACCACUCCUGUAUUAUCAGACUGUGGAAGUACACUCAGUUACAAUCAUACAGUAUUUAAUAAUCUAAUUAUAAUCAGUA